AUGGGCGGCAAGAGAGCACAAGCGGCCACAGUGUGGUUGCUGGCAGUUGUUGUUGCGGCGGUGAUCAGCUCCGCCGCCGCGGCGGAGGAGACGGGGUGCUUCUGCGACUGCAUGAAGAACCAGUGCAUGACGCUUGUCUCGAACCCGAACAAGGUCACCUGCGCCAAAGCCUGCAACGAUGGCUGCACGGAGGUCCGCGAGCCAGGCCAGUCCAACGACAAGGAUUUCUGCGGCUUCUGA